AGACGAGUGACUAGCUCAGUCUUCGGCAGCCUAGUUGCAGAAGAUCAUACUUUUUCCUCGUCUCAACUCAUUACGUGAUUUUUGUUAAUAACAAAACACAAAACAACAAAGCUUAGAAGCUUUGCUAGUAGAUCUGCUACCCAGCAAUUAGCCACCACACUGCAUUGCUUCGUUUCACCUCAUUAAUAAAAUUAUCGACAUAUGCGCAUUGCAUUGGUUUACGUAUAAAGCUACACUGUUUGUUUGAUCUACUUUCAAAAGGAGCCUACUUUUAAGCGUUUAGAUCGCAAAAUUCAACCCCUAAGUCUUUCGAUCAAUUUGCCUGAUUAACUUUGGAAGCUUGUGAAAUUUCAGUUUGGGGUUUAUGUGGUUACAUAAGCCAAGGUUUUGUGGAACGUGAUUUUAUACUCGCUGAGAACGAAGACGAAUAAAAAGUUCCCGUGAUUUCCGCAAAUAUUAAGUUGAUCAAUCCGGGAUGACCACGAUGGUGGACUCGAAAAUUGGAAAAACUUUCCAAAGGUCUGUCGGACGGGCUAAAGAGAAGUUACUACAAAACUUGGGGAAAGUGGACAGGACUGCAGAUGAAAUAUUAGAUGAACAAAUUGGCAACUUCAACAAGCAGCAAGGGGCGGCCACAAGAUUGCAAAAAGAGCUCAACAACUACAUUAGAUGCAUUAGAGCUUGUGCCGCAGCAAGUCGGUCACUAUUGGAAUCUGUGGGCGAGGUUUACGAGCCGGAAUGGGGAGGAAAAGAGUUACUCUCCGUAAAUGCCCAAAGCGUGGAGCUCUUGUGGAAUGAUUUUGCUCACAGGCUGGCAGAACAAGUACUUAUCCCGCUGAACACUUACCAGGGACAGUUUCCAGAGGUUGCUGCCAAGAUUAAAAAGAGGUCAAGAAAACUGAUUGAUUUCGAUGGGGAGCGACAUGCACUUCAAGCUUUGCAAGGAAAUCCCAGGAGAGCGGAAGCCAAGUUGGGGAAGCAGCGAGAAGCCCUCGAAGCUGCUAAACGUACUUAUGAAGUAUUAAAUAUGGAACUGCAUGAAGAGCUACCCAGUCUUUACAAUAGCAGAAUUGUCUUCCUUGUCAGCGCAAUGAGCACUUUAUUCGCAUCUGAAAAUAUCUUCCACGCAGAAACAAGCAAGGUAUUCACUGAAAUGGAAGGAAUUGUUGAGCGACUAAGUGCUAAAGGAGAUCUUAACUUCAAAGUGCCUACAAAUGCCAUUAUGAAUCACACUGGUGGACCAGACUCUCCAAAAGACGAGAAAGGUGGAAAUGCAUCAUCCUCCGCCGGUAACAAUAGCACUCCAUCCAGCCCAGUUUCCCCUUCAAGACCGACUUCGCUAAAAAUGUCCACACACCAAAAUGGGGAACAAAACACUAGCUUAAGCCCCACAAUUAACAAAAUGGCAGAGGGAAGUAAUAAUCAUGUAACAAGUAACGGAACCCACACCACAAAUUCACCACCCACACCCACCACUUCAACACCCUACACAAACGGCAUGUCCGCAGAGAACGGAGAUGAACCCAAGUUAGAAACAACCCAACAAUCACCACCCUCAGCAGACACGAAUAAUAAAACGAGUGAUAAGAUGAUAAAUGGAGUGGGCAGUGGUAGUGAUGAUGGAGAAAGUACAGUCGUGAAGGCUUCUUCCGUCGCCCCCGUUGUCGUCGCUCCCUUGAGCGAUGCAGAACCAGCUCCCACCAUGGACGCAAACAACAAUGACACUAUCGUUCUAAAGAAAACCGACAAACCUGCUGACGAUUGUAAUUCUGACACCACUGGUUCGGACAAGCUUAAAAUGGACGUAAAAGUUGUGGACGCCACCAUUGAUAAUAAUAAAGGAAAAGCAACUGAGAAGAGUAAAACUGGCGUAGAAUCCGAUGACGAGAUGAAUCUGACAGCCACAGCCCCCGUUCGAGGCGUUAACAAACCUUUGCAUGGAAUUUUAAGUCAAAAGCAUGCCAAUGGAGAGUUGUCUGAGGAAUCACCAGCAAAGGAAAAAAACAAUCCUGGUGUAGGUGAUUCCAAAGAACCUGGAGUCCUGUAUCGUGUGAGGGCGACGUAUCGGUACCAAAAGGAGGAUGUGGAUGAAUUGUCGUUUGAAGCUGGAGAAAUUAUUCGGGUUAUUGAGUACGAGGAGCCAGAGGAACAGGAGGAAGGAUGGCUGUUGGGAAUCAAGGAAAAUGGGGAGAGGGGGAUGUUCCCAGCCAACUUUACUCGGCCAAUUUAAAUUGGUCACACGACCAAUUUAAAUAUUUUGAUACGAGUCUUCUUUAUGUCGGAUAAUCAAAUUCUUUUCUUCUCUGAGAUGUUUUUUUCUGUACUAACAUUUUUAGUCUGUAGGGCUUUAUGUAGAUCUGUGAGUAGAGUAAUAUAAACCAGUUCGUCAAUCAAUUUGAGAUUAAUAUUACAUAAAUAUCUACGUAGAUACAUAAACAUACAUCUUGAUCCCGUCCAAUAAUUAUAAUUAAUCGAGUAAGUCUACACUAGUUGUCACAUUAUAAACUUGAAUGCUUUAACACCAUGAAUGCUGUGUAGCUAUGAAAUAUCUAAGCACAACUUUCUAUCUGCGUCAAGAAGAAGAAGCAUUUGAAUCAAAUGAGAUUGAACUUAUAUACUCUCGAAAAAACACCAAUUCAACAUUUCCUGAACAUACAUUUUACUGACUAGCAGUUAUAUACAUAUCGGUCGUAUAUGCUGUUGCAUGAAAAUUAAAAGUGCCAAAGAGCAGCGCAAACUCGUGUCAGAUUGUACAUAUUAAAUAUGCAAGAAUUUUGGAAUUUAUUGAGUUGAGUUAUUCUCCAAGCAAAAAUUGGCCUACAAAUAAUAUAUAAUUCUCAUCUCCUAGUUUCAAAUUUCGUAAUUCUUUGUUUAGUGUACAGAUAUAAAUGUUUUGAGCUUUUUUUGGGUUGGUUGGUGAGAGUUAUGUUACAAUUAACAAGAUAACACUUUACGGAUGUGUACUUACAUGUAUACCUUCUAUUUGGAUGCACAGAGCAUGGAUUAAAAUUGAGCGGACAGUACUUUGAGUUUUAAUGAUAUUUCUCCACAAGGAUAAAAUAUGUUUAUGUCACUUGUCACAGAAAAUUAAAUAUGCACAAGCGAAAUAACUAAUAUGAUGUAUGGAUGAGAAAUUGAUAUGUAGUGAUGUGAGUCAGUGAAUGAAUAAUAAAGUAUUUAUAAAAAAAUUCUUCAAGAGCUUA